UCCUUCUUCUUCCAUCUCAUUCAGAUUCUCUUCUCCUUCCCCUUUUUUGCCUCUAAUGUAGCUCAAACAACCAUCCCAUUUACUCUCUUCCAUUAUUAUUCCCUCUUCUUAUGCAGAUUGGAGAUGGCAGCUUCAGAACUCGAAGUCGAAGAUGUUUGCUCGGAUAUCUACAUUAACCUGGGCCUUAAGUCGUUGCGCAAAGGAAUCCGGAAAAAUCCUCGGGUUCUCACGCUUCUUUCUUCACUUCUAGAAAGAUCUGUAAAAAAAAAUGAAUUACUAAUGGAGGCCACACAAGUUAAAGAUGCUCGCACAAUGUUUCAUGGUCUACGAGCUCCUACCUUGAGUAUUCGAUGUUACAUAGACCGGAUCUUCAAGUAUUUUGGCUGCAGUCCAUCAUGCUUUGUCAUUGCUAAUAUUUAUGUUGAUCGAUUCCUCAAGUGCACAGAGAUUCAGUUAACUUCUCUCAACGUUCAUCGACUGCUGAUAACGAGCAUAAUGCUGGCUGCAAAGUUCAUUGACGACUCGUUCUUCAACAAUGCCUAUUAUGCGAAAGUUGGGGGAGUAAGCACAGCGGAGAUAAACAAACUGGAGAUGAAGUUUUUGUUUAGUAUCGACUUCCGACUUCAGGUGAAUAUACAGACAUUCAGUCGAUACUGUUAUCAGUUGGAAAAAGAAUGCACUGAAACACGUCAGAUUGAACGCUCGAUUCGAGCCUGUAGGAUUAAGGAGAACUGGUCAAAUAAAGAUGAGAAAUCUUGUGCUUCCACGACAGCCAGAUGAUUUUUUUACCACAAACCACUGUAUGUAAAAUCAAUCACAACUUCCUUCAAUUGCUUCAUAUAUGAUUCAUUUAGAAAAUUUGCAUUGUUGAUAAAGUUGGCCAUUAUUUCCGAUGGUUUUUUUUUAAAAAAAUUCUAUUUUCUUGUGACUUUGUCUACAUGUAUGCAUCGGUGAGAGUUCAUUGGAGAAGUAGAAGAAUACUGUUUGAAAAUAUAUAUAUAUAUUUUUUUUUUAUAAAUUGAAUGGGGCAGUUCGCCACUUUUUA